AUCCCAACCCAAUUCAUGUUUAUCCUUCUUCUACAUUCUUCCAAAUGAAGGCUCAUAAACCCUCUCUCUGUUCUCUACCUUCAUCUCUUCCAGAACUUCCACCCUUUCGCUCUUCAUGGUAUCGGACCAGCGCAGACCCACCACCGAGCUUCUCACCUUACCGCGGCAACCACCGAAGCCCAACCUAACCUAUUCCUGUCUUGUGUCAUCUCUGCCGGCAGUGCCGCCGACAGUUGCCCCUGUGCACCGAACCUCUCCAUGCUGUCAGUUGUGAGGCAGAGCCACCCCUUGUUCAUUCAUCAUCAUCUUUGCUCAACAUCCCAUAUUCUCAUGGUUUUCCAUCUUCCACUUGGUUUAAUCAUCCAUGGCCGGUGAUCAAGCUACACCACCACCACCACCUCCGCGCAUAGACUCAACUUCUCCUUAUUAUCUCGGUCCCCAUGAUCGUCCCGGAGAUUUCAUUACUCCAACUCGUCUUCGUGGUGACAAUUAUGAUGAAUGGGCCAAUGAUAUUCAAACUGCUCUGGAAGCAAGACAUAAAUUUGUUUUUCUGAAUGGAUCAAUAAUCACUACUCCUGUACUUCCAUGUAUGCAAGACGAUUGGAAUACCCUUCAAGCCAUGUUAAUUUCAUGGCUUAUGAAUACAAUUGACCUCGAGGUCAAGGCCAUGCUUCCAAAAUAUAAAGAUGCUAAAAAGUUGUGGGAGACUCUCAAAUCACGGUAUUCCAUUGUCAAUGGUCCGCGAAUACAACAACUUCACUCUACGAUUGCUAAGUGUGAGCAAUCCAAAACUAUGUCCGUAGCCACAUAUUUUGGCAAGUGGGAAGAAUUAAACAACUACGAACCUUUAAUUACUUGUUCCGUUGAUCGUGUUGUACCUCUUGCACCGCGAGAUUAGAGCAUGAGAAGCGAAGGGAAAAUACUCGGCUGCAUCAAUUUCUUAUGGGGUUAUACCCAGAUUAUCAUGCUCAGACUCGGGCUAAUAUUUUGUCCAAAGAUCCACUACCUUUACUUGACCGACCCUAUCAAUUAGUGGUUCAAGAUGAGCGAGUUCGACUUUCAAGAACCGUGCCGAAAGACAAGCCAAUUGACGCCGUUGGGUUCGCUGUCCGAACGUCAGCCGGACGUGGUAGAUCAGAGUCUGUGCCAGACCACCGUGACAAACCCGACAUAUCGCACUUACAUUGCACCCAUUGCAAGAAGUCAGGCCAUCUUAUUUCCGGAUGCUUUGAAUUAAUUGGGUACUCGGAUUGGUGGCCGAAUCUAUCCAAGGCACAAGGGAAUGCUGCUAGUCGUGGAAACCGGACCACCACCACCGGAAAAGGCCGCGGCAGCAGUUCCGCCAGGGCAAACGCAACAACCUCCCGCAACGGCUACACAUCUCAGCCCCCAACACGGGCUAAUUCACAGCAACCUCCUUCGCAAGUUUUUACACCGGAGCAAUGGUAGAUUCUCGCCGUCUUUAUCUGUAACACCAAAGUCUCUAAUGAAAGGUUGACUGGACCCGUCGAGGGAGCUGAUUGGAACGAGUAUUAGGAGGGAUGGACUUUUCUAUUUUGACGUUGACAAAACUAUACAACAGACAUCGGUCAAUGCAGUUUCUUCACCAUUGGAUUUAUGGCACAAGCGAAUGGGUCAUCCUUCAGAAAAAGUAGUGAAGCUUCUUCCCCCUGUCUUUAGCUGUAAGGGUAGUUUGAAUAAAGCAUGUGAAGUUUGUUUUCGUGCUAAACAUCCUAGAGAAAAAUUUAAUUUAAGUGCCAAUAAAAACUUCUAGGAUCUUUGAAAAAGUACAUUGUGAUUUAUGGAGACCAUACAGACAUCCCUCUUCUUGUGAUGCACGAUACUUUUUGACUAUUGUUGAUGAUUUUUCUCGAGCUAUUUGGCUUUAUUUGAUUAUUGAUAAAACAGAGGUGUUUCGUAUGUUUAUGUCGUUUGUGGCUAUGAUUGAUAGACAAUUUUCCCACACUAUUAAGGUAGUUUAAAGUGAUAACGGAACAAAAUUUAAUUGUUUGUUAUUACUUUAAUGACAAUGGAAUUUUAUUUCAAACAUCAUGUGUUGGGACUCCUCAACAAAAUGGUCGGGUAGAACGAAAACAUAAACAUAUUUUGAAUGUUGCAAGGGCAAUAAGGUUUCAAGCAAAUUUACCGAUUUAUUUUUUGGGGUGAAAGUGUUUUAGCUGCUGCUCAUUUAAUUAACUGUAUACCUACUCCUUUACUCCAAAAUAAAACAGGGAAUUAAAUAUUCAUUACUUGAAAAGGGUAAAUUGUGGAUCUUUAUAGAGUUAUCUUUUGGUUAUUGUGUUUCAUGAGUAAGGUGAGUAAGGAGAAUGUUUUAUUUAGGAGAUUGACAAAAUAUAUAUAAAUUUGAAGAGGUUAUGAGAAAUAAGUCGAGUUUGAUUGGUGAACGAAUGAACUUAUAUUGUAUAUGAUAUUUGAGUUUAUAAUAUGUUUAUGUUAGUAAGAAUCAUCAAUAUGGAUUAGGUAUUUUGGGGGUUGAAUUUUAGGACUUUAACUUAAUUUGAGAGUCGAUUUGCACAAGAGUUCAAAGAAAUCUUUAUCAUUUUCAAGAAGAUCUUUCCAGGUUUGAACCAUUAUUCGCCUUCUUGUGAAAUUUUAUUCUUGAUAUUAGAAAUCAAGUUAGAGUAAAGACUUGAUCAACCUUCACUCUAAUUCUUGAAUCUAGAAAUCAAGUGAUUAUAGA